CUUCAACAACCACAGCCCCCGCUACGUGCUGCCCGUCUGGCUGGACUUCGAGGGCCUGCCGCAGGGCUACCCGGUCCUGAAGCCGCGCACCGGACGCGUCAUGCGCAGCUACCGUGGGCACCUCUGGCUGUUCCGGGAUGCAGGGACCAACGAUGGGCUCCUUGUCAACCAGCAGGAGCUGUUUGUGGUAGCCCCCAACGUGACCAAAGCUGACAUCACACUGCCAGUGUUCACCCUGAAGGAGAGAUGUCUGCAGGUCGUGCGCAGUCUGGUCAGCCCGGUGGACUACAGGAAACUGGACAUUGUUCGGUCAUUAUAUGAAGAGCUGGAGGAUCAUCCAGAUAUUUCAAAGGAUCUUCAGCGGCUUUCUCUGGAGAGGAGUGAACCGUUGAGCAAUGGAAUUCUGGAAUAACAUGAUUACUCACUUCAGACUCUUCAAUAGCAAACCACUGAGUUUGAGCAGCAAGAGUCACCAGGAAACACGCCAAGAACUGAUGCCUCCAUUUAAAGUUCUGGAACAUAAACUCAGUUAAGUUGGUGAUGGUAAGUCAGAUCCCAAAGACUGAACAGCACCUGGAGUGUGCCAGCUUGUGAUGGUUCAGGUUUGUUCCUCGUUACGUGUAUCACAAACGGACGGCUCCGGAGGCCUCGCGUGGAUGAAGCUCAGAAGUCUGGACACUGCAUAGGGAUGUAAGAUCAGGGCAGCUAUAUGGAACUUAUUCAUACAGAGUAACUUUCAUUGUAUUGGAAAGCAAAUUACACCAAGGAUUAAUUUAACCCAGACUAAUGGUUCUAAGUGGCAGAUCAACACCGGUUUUGUUUGAGUAAUUUGUUUUGAUGGAAUUUCCCUGUCAUGCGUGCCUCCAUGUGCCUGUGGGUCACAGCGUGGGGGUUUGUAUGUCAGGGUUUCCAGUACCACCUGAAGACCUGACAAACGUUAUGUUGGUGGAAAAAUGAUGUGUAAAGGCUUGGGGUUUUCCUGCCUCUUACCUUUGCACUUAUACAAACCCAUGUUGUAUCUGCACUGCAGCUGACACGUUUUUACUCAUAUCAUACCUUGAAUGCCUUAUUUGCCUUCAUGACUGGAUUGUUGCCUGGCUGAUCUCAGCCACAGAGACCAGAUCCUAGUUUUGGGACACCUUUGUCCUUCGCAGCUGCUUCCCCAGCAGCCUGUACAGGGUUCACAGGAGGUAGAUGCUUUGAGUCCUGCCUCUUCCCAUCACAGUGCUGUGGUCCAGGUCAUAGUGGGGGGCCUUUUUGGGCCUGUCUCCUCAGGACCAACAGGGGCUGUAUGGGCUCACACAGCCAGUUCACAGGCAGGGCCAUGCUUUGUGGCAGGCUGGAGAAAGAGAGAUAGCAUUUCUUUGCCCAUAUUCUGUCCCCCACACCUCAGUGAAAUGUGUCCUCGUGUGAAUGCACAGAGUUGAAAGCAGCAUAGUUUCAGCAGACACAUGAAUUUUCCACCAGUAACAGAUGUGGUGCUGCUCAGGUAGAAGCAGGCUGGCAGGAGGUCACAGCAGGUUAUGUCUGUGCAUACAUUUGUUUGCAGUUGUACAUUCUGGGAGCAGCUGUGAAACUGAGAAUCUCAAUGUAUUCUGUAAGUAUGGAAUGUCUCCCCUAUUGACUCGUCUUUCUUACGUAUUUGAAGUGUGUGAAUUGAUCUUUGACAUAAAAAUCCACACUACCUUUCUGACUGA